AUGACUCGCACAUACGAAGCUGCCAUUGCGGCUCUCAAUUCUUUACAGACGAACUUUGCGAUCGUCGAAGAGCUUCGAAAUUCGAGGCAGGAUAUUAAUGAGCGCUCUCUUCCCGAGACAGUAGAAUGGCUUCGGCGGAUUGGGUACAAGUCAUCGGACCUGAACCAAUUGAACCCAGUUCAUGUCGCUGGCACGAAAGGCAAAGGUUCUACCUCUGCAUUUAUAUCCACCAUUCUCUCCCAGUACACGAAAUCAGAUCAAGCUCAGACGACUCCCCGACUUCACAAGAUUGGACUGUUCACCUCCCCACAUCUCCGUUUUGCCCGAGAGCGCAUUCAAAUCGAUAAUACCCCGCUUUCAGAAGAGCAAUUCGCGCAGUACUUUUUCGAAGUAUGGGACCGUCUUGAGGGAGCGGCCAAGAUAGCUGGCCAGGAUCCUUCUGCACCGGGCACAAAACCUCAAUAUUUCCGCUAUCUCACGUUGAUGGCUUUCCACACCUAUUUGAGCGAGGGUGUCGAUGCAGCAGUGAUCGAAUGCGGCAUUGGAGGACAGUACGACUGUACCAAUGUGAUCGACCAACCUAAGGUAUCGGUGAUCACUAGCCUUGGUAUUGACCACACUGCCAUGUUGGGAACCACAAUUGAGAAAAUCGCAUGGCACAAGGGCGGUAUCAUCAAAUCUGGAGUUAGAGCUUUCACUGCGCCACAGCCUCCAAGUGCGGAGCAGGUUCUAAUUGAGCGUGCCUCCGAGAAAGGUAUUCGGAUUGAUGUUAUCUCCGAACACCCCGAUCUUCGCCCUGGCAGCAGCCAAGUAAAGCUUGGUUUGGCUGGUGACUUCCAAUAUACUAAUGCUUCAUUGGCCGUAGCAUCUGCGGCGGAGUUCUUGAGAAAGACUGGGGUAGCAGAUAUCCCAGAGGAUGUCAUUUCCAGCUCACUUCCUGCCAAGUUCAAAACUGGCCUCGAAGAGACACAUCUCGGGGGCCGAUGUGAGACCCGGCUUGAGAAGAAUGUCGCUUGGUAUAUUGACGGCGGACACACAAUCGAGAGUAUCCGACUGGCGGGCCAGUGGUUUGCCUCGCGCAUCCAGGCAGAUUCAUCAUCGAGCGACGUUGCAUCGAAAAAGCCGCGGAUUUUGAUCUUCAAUCAACAGACCCGGGACAGCACAGCUCUGGCCACGGCCCUCUACGAGACUCUUGCUGCCGCAGUUGACUCUAAGACUCCAUUCACACAUGCCUUGUUCUGCACAAACAUCACCUACAAACAGGCAGGCUAUAGACCUGACCUUGUUAGUAUGAAUACCAACGCCGACGACAUCAACCUCCUCCGUGUCCAAAAGUCACUUGCAGAAGCCUGGAACUCUAUUGACCCACAAGCUCAAACACAUGUGUUUGGGACGAUCGAGGAAGCUGUGGACUUUGCGCGCGACUUGGCGGCCGAAGAACGCAGGGUGCUUCAGAUCAAUGAGGCACCCGUCAUGACAUUUGUCACUGGCAGUCUGCAUCUGGUUGGCGGCUUCCUUGACGUAAUUGAGACCAAGCCUUUCAUUGAAGCUGCUUGA